AACAAAACCCCGCGAGCAGCAUUCUUUCCUUGUUUACAAACACAAAAUUCGGACACCUGCCGUUCUCAGGCACCUGUCGGAAUGGAAAAGUGAAAAAUCUUGACUGAAGAGGAGGGCAGAAGGAGGUCUACAAAUUUUUAUCAGAAUGGACGUGCGUCUUUGUAAGACGCUGUCGGUGCAGUACGGGGUGAAGGGUUUAUACCAGAGCAUGUACGAGAUGGCCAAGAGAGGCAGGACGGAGCAUCCGGCAAAGGAGGCCGAGUUCCGCCUGCUGAUCUGCUGCGCCCUUCGUCUUCUCGGACGGACUGAUGAGGCCAAAAAAGAGUCCGAGAUCAUCGUAGACCCUGAACAAGUGGACGCCUUCAAGUACUUUUGCCGAGAGACUUCAACGCUGGACGGGAACAGUGAACACUUUGCGUUGGUCCUGCUGCUGAUGGGCAAGCACCGGCAGUGCGCCGACCUGCGAGUGUCUCGUCCCAGCGUGUCCGCUCUGUGCUGCCAGGGGUGGAGUUUAUUGGCCCUUGGGUCACCGCAAGAGGCGCACCAGGCGUUCGAAAAAGCGCUCAAGCUGAGUCCCAACGACCUGGAAGCCAACCUGGGCGUGGCUCAGGUCCUCAAGGCCAAAGACGAGCUGGACAAGUGUCUGGACGUCCUGGACAGACUGGUCGUCAAGUACCCGGACGUCAUGGCGCCCAUCGAGCAAAAGAUGCUGCUCCACCUGUCCCUUUGCGACUGGGAACAGGCCUCCGAACAGGCCACCAGAGUCCGCACCGAGUCCCUGGACGCGGUCAAACUCGGUCUCCUCAGGGCGCUCUGUCUCGACGGCAACUUUGAACAUGCCGAGGCUGAAAUGGCGGCUCUCAACACACUUCUCCGGCAGAAGGAAAACUUUAACCCGUGGGCUUAUUUCCAGUGUGGAAAACUUGUUUCAAGGGUGUGUUCCAAGAACGCUGCCAUCCUGAGAGAAGCCCAACUUCUUGUAGAAAAGGCCAUUGAACUUCAACCUGCCAACUGUGAGUUCCGCUGCGAACUGGGCCUGGUGCUGCAGCUGCAGGACAAGACCAAGGAGGCGCUUAAAGAGCUCAAGGCCGCCGUCAAGCUCGACAGCUCGUCUGUGUUUGCCCUGUCCAAUCUGACCCUGUGUCAGGUGCUGGAGAACAGACAGAGCGACACCGUCAGGCAGCAGGUCGAGUUGCUCAAGGAGCUCCAAGGUCAAGACCCGUCGGCCCAGUUACUCUUCAUGGCCUCCCUCCUCGACGACAGGGACCGCCACCUGCCUCUGAAGGCCCUGCAGGCGCACCUGCGCACCGUCGAAGGUCUACCCUUCGGACCUGAUUACCUCACCGCCUACAACCCUGAGUUUGUCUUCAGCAUCAUCGGCCUCCUGCUCAACAGGAUGCACGUCAAGAAGGACUCACCUGAGCUGCUCUACCUGCUUAAAAUUCUCAAACCCAUCACACAGACAUGUCCAGGUUUGUGGGAAGCGAAACUUCUGCACGCAAAGGCUCUGCACCUGAGCGGCGACUCUUCAGGCGCCCUUUCUCAGCUGCGGCGGUUCAACCAAAGCAGCGAGGCACAGGUACUUGUGGCCACGAUCCUGUUGGCUCAAAACGACCUGGCAGGGGCAAACAGCAGUCUCGAGUCGGCUUUGAGCUUUGACUUUGGGGUUAAGGAACACCCCGUGUACCUUUUAGUGCAGGCCAAGAGCCAGCGGGCCAAGGGAAACGCAGCCGACGCUGCAAAGUGGCUGAAAACCGCCCUCGCCAGUUCCACCCUGACCGCCGCUGACAAGGUCACCCUGAGUCUCGAGCUGGCUGAAACCCUGACCGAGUUGGGGCGACCUGACGAGGCGUCCGACCUUCUGCGCAAAACCAUAGCCGAGUCCGCGGGAACGACUGAACAGGCGAGACUUGUCACGGCGCAGGCCGACCUGGCCCUCAGGGCCGGCAGGGUGGACCACGCCUUGGAAAUCCUGAACUCAAUCGGACCUUCGGAGCUGCAUUUUCUGGAGGCGCGGCAUAAGAUGGCUGAAAUUUACCUGGUGCAUAAAAAAGACCGGAAAAAGUUUGCCGCUUGUUACCUGAGCGUCGUCGAGCAGAAACCUGGAGUCGAAAGUCAGAUUUUGCUAGGUGAUGCUUACAUGAGGGUCCACGAACCCGAAAAAGCUGUCGAAGUCUACGAACAAAUUCUGAAAUCAACCUCCAAGAAAGAUGUGUCUCUUGUCAGAAAGAUUGGUCAAGCACUCGUAAAGACCCACAUGUAUGGAAAGGCAGUAAAUUUUUACGCAGAUCAGGCCAAAAAGCACCCUAGUUUGAGGAAAGACCUGGUCGAGUUGCUCAUCCGAAUGAAGAACUUUGACCGUGCCGAGGCGAUUUUGAAGUCUGCGUGUGCGGGCAGUGUGGCCAGCAACGACAGCGAAGAGUUGAUGGCGCGCUGCCAGUUGCUGCUGUUGCUGGCCAGGGUGCAGGAGCAGACGGGACAUGCUCCCAGCGCCCUGAGCACCCUGACCGAAGCCAAAGACAUGCAGAAUAAGGUGCUCAAGCGUCUGCAAAUCGAGGGGACGGGAAAACUGGCAGCCCAAAAGGUGGUGGCCGCCAACAUCUGCAGGCUGAUGGCCAAACAAGGCAGCAACCAGGAGGCCAUCAAAUACUACAAAGAGGCCCUUGUCCACCAACCUGGCGACCCUGAAACCCUCAUCGCCUUAGCCAAACUUUAUCUUCAAGUGGAUGAUUUGGCACUCUGUCAAGCAACCUGCGGCCAACUCCUCAGGUCGGACCCUGAGAAUGAAGCCGCCUGCGUUAUGAUGGCGGACAUUUCCUUCAGGAAAACCGAUUUUGAAACGGCCAGUGUGCACUUCCAGCAGCUGCUGAAUAAACAGCCCCGCUAUUGGACGGCCCUGGCUCGUUUCAUCGAGGUGAUGCGCCGAGCAGGCACACUGGCCCUGGUUCUGCCUUACCUGGAAAAGGCUGCUCUCAAGGGAGAUGAGCCAGGUCUUGCAUACUGCCAGGGACUGUACAGUUGGUACAGCGGAGAACCAACACAAGCCCUGAAACACUUCAACCGAGCUCGGAGAGACCCUGAGUGGGGUCGCCAGGCUAUCUGUUCCAUGAUCCAGAUUUGCCUGAACAAUGACUCGUUGGUUUCUUUAGAAAAUUCCGCAGAGGUGGAUUCUAAGGACUCGAGAGAGACUGCCUUGAAGACGGCUGAGAAAUUACUUGGCGAGCUAAAUCCCAGGCCAGUCACGGAGGAAAAGAAUACAUACCAACUGCUGGUUUGCUUUUUGUUGUUGGCAAAGCGUGACAAGGCCCUGGCAGAACAGGCCCUUCAGGAACUGACCCUCCUUGCAGGGGUGGAGAAUUCCAGGGUGAGCAUUGGUGUGACUCUAGCCAUUUCAAUGGCCUACCUGGUUUUGAAGCAAUCUACGAGAGCCAGGAACCAGCUAAAGAGGGUUUCCAAGCACCCUUGGACCUUCGAGGAGGCUGAAUACCUCGAAAGAAAUUGGCUUCUUCUUGCUGACCUUUAUAUUCAGUCAGGAAAAUAUGAUUCAGCCAGCGAAUUGCUGAAUAAGGUUCUUGUCCACAACAAGUCUUGCACCAAAGCUUUCGAAGGGCUCGGCCUCAUCCACGAAAAGGAGCAGCAGUACAAGGACGCGGCAAGCAAGUAUGAGCAAGCGUGGACCUUUGGAAAUCAAUCUAAUCCGGCAGUCGGCUACAAAAUGGCUUACAAUCUUUUAAAAAGUAAAAAAUAUGUAGCGACAAUUGACGUUUGUCACCAAGUUUUGUCGCAAUUCCCCAAUUAUCCCAAUAUCCAAAAGGAUAUUUUGGAAAAAGCCAGGAGCCACUUGCGGACUUAAUUAAUUUUUGAUCUUGAUCUCUACCUUGCACUUGGUGAUAUUAUUCUGUCCAUUUUCAAUGUAUUUAAUAAAAUAGCAAAGUUAUUAAUUCAA